AGACAUUUGUCGGAUCAGUCAGGAAACCUUCAUAUUCACAACAGCUACAGUAUUCGUUUAAAUAUAGCAGCCUUAAAAAAAUAAACUGCUUGUAAGCAGUCCUUAAUUAUUUACCAGAUUGAAUAAGUCAGUGAAUCAGUCAUUGAGACUGAUCAAUAAUACAUUGUCAUUUUGCGCACGGUCACACAGGGUGCAAAUUAAUAAACCUGGAUAUGGUUUAUUAAUUUAGACGGGGUUCUGAUACGAAAUCAGUCGGUGUGCUGUGAAAGAGAGAUACAUCGACGUUACGCUUCUUCAGACGGAGGGAGUCAGAGCGACUGCUGGUUUCGAGGCGGGAGGACACAUGGGUCGACACCGCAACCUUUCAUUUUUGCUCUAAUGUGUGUGUUAAAUACGACAAGGAAUCCGGCAUGAACACUUACGGGCUUUCCAGCGUCCACUCCUGACGUCUCUGCCCCUCGGUGUUUUCCUUCUUGGAUUUGGCCAGACGUUUCGCGUCAUGUUCAGUGCUGAAAACGGGACUGCGGGCGAUAUUUUAUUCGCUCAUUCGCGUCUCAUGUGGACUUGCUAUCAGUGAGUCGCGUGUCAAACAUCGCAUGACGAUGCGAGUUGUUGUUUUGUUAGGAUUUUGACGCGAGCGCGGUCAUUUGAGUUGUAACUUGACAUGUCGGAUUGUUUUUCGUCGUUUUGUGCGUCUUUAUCACGAAUGUUCUCCCUCCGUUAAUUCUGUGGACUGCUCCAUUCGUUUCUUAUCUGCAUGCAUCCGCAUGAAGAAGGAGAAAACGCCAGAUAAACGACAGGAGGACUGAAGAAUGAAUGAGAUUCACUGAAGAUCAGGAGGAAACGCAGUAAGGUUCUCCAUCAGUGAGAGGGCGUGAGGGAAGGAGUGCCCCGCAUUCAAGCUCCCGCUGACCGCACUCCCCCCACCACCCUUCGCUCCGUCCACAGCAUGGCUCACCCUCUCUGGAUCCUCUUUACCUGCACCAUCGCCCUGAGCAAUGUCAGCCCCUCAGCCCAGGCGUUAAGUCGCUCUGCAAUGCCAUUUGGUCUGAUGCGGAGGGAGUUGGCAUGCGAGGGUUACCCCAUUGAGCUCCGCUGCCCCGGCAGUGAUGUCAUCAUGAUCGAAACAGCCAACUACGGUCGCACGGAUGACAAGAUCUGUGAUGCUGACCCCUUUCAGAUGGAGAAUGUACAGUGCUACCUGCCAGACGCCUUCAAGAUCAUGUCACAAAGGUGUAAUAAUCGGACUCAGUGUGUGGUGGUGGCUGGGUCUGAUGUUUUUCCUGACCCCUGUCCAGGAACCUACAAGUACCUGGAGAUCCAGUAUGAAUGUGUGCCAUACAUCUUUGUAUGUCCCGGGACUCUCUUAAGGGUGCAGGCAGCAAGUUUGCUGCAGGAGGCGGAGCAUCAGUCGGGGGCAUGGUGUAAGGAUCCCCUCCAGUCUGGUGACCGUCUUUACGUCAUGCCCUGGACUCCGUACCGCACAGACAUGCUGUACGAGUAUGCUUCAUGGGAAGACUUUAGGCAGAAUCGAGCCACGACCACUUACAAGCUGCCAAAUCGUGUGGAUGGAACAGGUUUUGUCGUGUAUGAUGGUGCUGUUUUUUACAACAAGGAACGCACACGCAAUAUUGUGAAAUACGACUUGCGCACACGUAUAAAGAGUGGAGAAGCCAUAGUCAAUAAUGCAAACUAUCAUGACACCUCACCAUACCGCUGGGGGGGCAAGUCUGAUAUUGACCUCGCAGUGGAUGAAAACGGUUUAUGGGUCAUCUACGCUACAGAAGCCAACAAUGGACGACUUGUGGUCAGCCAGGUUAACCCCUACACUCUGCGCUUCGAGGGAACCUGGGAGACGAGCUUUGAUAAGCGACUGGCAUCCAAUGCUUUUAUGGCGUGUGGUGUUCUAUAUGCUGUCCGCUCUGUUUAUCAGGAUGACGACAGUGAAGCAGGUGGAGAUCUGGUGCUGUAUGCGUACAACACCAACCGAGCACGGGAAGAGCCCGUCCACAUCCCAUUCCCCAACCCUUACCAGUAUGUGUCCUCUGUGGAUUACAACCCACGAGACAAUCAACUUUAUGUCUGGAAUAACUACAAUGUGCUGCGCUACCCCCUAGAGUUUAGCCCACCAGAUCCCACUGCUGGUCCACUUGUCCCCACUCAGAUGAGCAGCAGCACCACCACUGCAGCUGGACCUGUCACUUCUAACUCCAUCCCCUCAACUAUGCGACCUCUGCCCCCAACUGCUCACCCAAUAGGGGCCAUUAACAAGGCACCAGACCUGCGACCUAUCACCGCCACUGUGCCAGUGACUCGCAGACCCCUGCGCGUCCCACCACAGGGUCCUGAGCUCCAAGUGUGUGAAGCCAGAGUAGCACGAGGGGUGCAGUGGCCUGUCACCCAGAGAGGGGAGACUGUAGACAGGCCGUGCCCCAAAGGAUCACUAGGCAUUGCAUCCUUUCAGUGCCUGUCUUCUCCUGUGCUGUGGAAUCCUCGCGGCCCUGAUCUAAGUAACUGCACCUCGCCGUGGGUCAACCAGGUGGCCCAGAAGAUAAAAAGUGGAGAGAAUGCUGCAAACAUCGCUGCUGAGCUGGUGAACCACACGCAGGGCCGCAUUCACGCCGGUGAUGUCAGUUCCUCUGUCAGACUCAUCGAGCAGCUAUUGGAUAUAUUAGACGCACAGCUGCAAGCACUCAGACCCGGGAAUAAGGAAUCGGCAGCCAGGAACUACAAUAAGUGGCAGAAGAGAGAGAGGACCUGCCGGGCUUAUGUUCAGGCGGUUGUGCAGACGGUGGAUAAUCUUUUGCGUGCCGAAGUUUUAGAGUCGUGGCAGGACAUGAACAGCACGGAGCAGGCGCACACCGCCACCAUGCUAUUGGACGUCAUGGAGAAAGGAGCCUUCCUGUUGGCCAAUAACAUGUACAAUAAUCACUUCUCAGACCACGCUGCCAAUGUCGAUCUAGAGGUGCGUGUGUUGAACACAGAGACAGAGUCUCAGGAUUUGUCGUUCCCUCAGAACGGUCCCAGUGACAGCAGCAUCCAGCUCUCGGCCUCCACCUUCAAACAGUACAGCCGCAACGGCCAGGUAAAAGUGGUCUUUGUGCUCUAUAAGAACCUGGGUUCGUUCCUGUCCACUGAAAACGCCACAGUGAAGAUGGAAAUGGAGGCGGGGCCUGGUGGGCGGGGCCUGGCAGUGAAUUCACACGUCAUUGCAGCAUCGAUCAAUAAAGAGUCCAGUCGAGUGUUUCUGACUGAGCCGGUGGUGUUCACACUUAGACAUUUACAGCUGGAGAAUCAUUUCAGCCCAAACUGUUCAUUCUGGAACUACUCUGAGCGGUCGAUGACGGGCCAGUGGUCAUCUCAGGGCUGCAGGCUGAUGGAAACCAACAGCACACACACAACUUGUUCUUGUAGCCAUCUAACCAACUUCGCCGUGCUCAUGGUACACCACGAACCUGAUUAUCCAGGCAGGAUGCACGAGUUGAUCCUCUUUGUGAUCACAUGGGUGGGUAUCGUCAUUUCGCUGGUGUGUCUCGCCAUCUGUAUCUCCACCUUCUGCUUCCUGCGAGGCCUGCAGACCGACCGCAACACCAUCCACAAAAACCUGUGCAUCAACCUCUUCAUCGCCGAGCUCCUCUUCCUCAUCGGCAUCGACAAGACGCAGUACCACAUUGCAUGCCCCAUUUUUGCGGGCCUGCUACAUUUCUUCUUCCUGGCUGCAUUCUCCUGGAUGUGUCUGGAGGGAAUCCAGCUGUAUCUGAUGAUGGUGGAGGUCUUUGAGAGUGAAUAUUCCCGAAAGAAAUACUACUACCUGUGCGGCUAUUGUUUUCCCGCCCUGGUGGUGGGCAUCUCGGCAGCCAUUGACUAUCGCAGCUAUGGGACUAAGAAAGCGUGCUGGUUGAGGGUGGAUAACUACUUCAUCUGGAGUUUUAUCGGCCCUGUGUCCUUCAUUAUCAUGUUGAACCUGGUGUUCCUCAUGAUAACACUUCACAAGAUGGUCCGUAACUCAUCCGCCCUUAAACCUGACUCCAGCCGCCUGGACAACAUCAAGUCCUGGGCUCUGGGGGCUAUUGCACUGCUCUUCCUCUUGGGUCUGACCUGGGCCUUCGGCCUCCUCUUCAUCAAUGAGAACACCGUCAUCAUGGCGUAUCUUUUCACCACUUUUAACGCCUUCCAGGGCAUGUUCAUCUUCAUCUUCCACUGUGCUCUGCAGAAAAAGGUGCAUAAGGAGUACAGCAAGUGCCUGCGUCAUUCUUACUGCUGCAGUCGCACCUCCACUACAAGCUCUCAUGGAUCGCUGAAGAAUUCUGCCCUUCGUACCAACAAUCGCUACUACACUGGAAGCCAGGCACGUCAUGCAGCGGUACACAGACAGAGUCGAAUUCGCCGUAUGUGGAACGACACGGUGCGAAAGCAGACAGAGUCGUCCUUCAUGGCUGGAGACAUCAACAGCACUCCCACUCUCAACCGUGGUACAAUGGGGAACCAUCUUCUGACCAACCCCGUGCUGCAAACCCGUACAGGAAGUUCACCCUACAACACACUGCUAGCUGAGACGUUUACCCCUCCCUCGCCUGGGGUCUUCAACUCUACUGGAACUUUCCGUGACCCAAAGAGCACACUGUCUAAGAACCGAGAUCACGGAGGCAUGGAGACGCUACCUCUGAAUGGGAACUUCAACAACAGCUAUUCUCUGCGUAGUGUCGGGGGUUCGGGAGCUCCCGGGGGCAGCUGUGAUUUCCUGGGAGGCGGAGGUGGAGAUAGCCCCCCUCCCCUGCUCAACCCCCGUGGUUCAGAAACUCUUGGUGGCAUACGAAGAAACCUCUCGGACGCAGCAGCGUUCGAGAAGAUGAUCAUAUCGGAACUUGUGCACAAUAAUCUACGAGGCGGUGGAGGGUCUGGGGGCACUGACAGAACAUGUGGCAGCCUGGUCAGAGGACAUGGGCACAUGGGAAUGGGGCGGGGCGGAAGCGGGGCAGAGCCAGCAAUAGGCAUUGAGGACGACGAAGACUUUCAUUCAAGAGAAUCACGUCAGCGCACGCCGCAAGACGUGGAACUGCUGUACAAGGCUCUGGAGGAGCCCCUGCUCCUGCAGCGUGCCCAGUCUGUGCUCUACCAGAGUGACCCCGACGAGUCUGAAAGCUACACUGCCGACCUGACCGAGAGUUUGGGCCACAGCGGUCACAGCGGCCAAAGCGCAGCAGGUCAGGGUCACAAUGGAGCCCCAGAUUCGCCUGCACGGGACUCCCUCUACACCAGCAUCACCAACCUGCGAGAUCCACCUUACCCCGACAGCAGCCCAGAGCCACUAGAAGUGGUUCCACGCUCGGCUCAGCCUCCGGAGGAGCUGUACUACAGCUCGGGUCGGCCAGCCAUAGGCUCCCGCGGAGCCCCCAUGCAGACCUUCUACCAGGCUCCGCCUAGGAGACCGAGCACUGAAGCCCACCCUGCCCCUGAGCCCCCUCACAGCGAGGGAGAUGGACAGAUGCAGCUGGUUACAAGCCUGUGACCACGAGAAAGAGGUGGAGGAGGAAGAGCGUCACAGGAUCUGAUACAAUGUGCCAAUGGCGAUGAUGGACUCCUCUCCUGUCUCUGACGCCCUCCUUAUGUCUGGUUGCCUUUUUGCUCUUUCAUUUGUUUUGAAGUAAGAGGUAAGGAAAGCCUAAACAAGGAGAGUGACAGAGAGGUUUGUCUCCAUGGCAGCAGGCUCUCUGAAGUGCUGUGUAACCACUCUGCUCUCUCAUCAGCAUCAUUUUCUCCUCCCUCCUCGCGCACACAAAUAGAGAAAGAGCAGCUAUCCAACUAUCUGCCUUCUCUCAAUGGACGUCUUUGCCUUCAGCUCACUCUGCUCCAAAAAUAUCAUCAAACUUCACACCGGGCUUCUAUUUCUGUGUUUCAUUUCAAGUCCUAUCUUUAAAAUGUUACUUUUGCAUAACUCCUUACCUUCGCUUUCCUUUCGCUGUCUUUCUCCAUCAUUAUUUGAUGAGAGCUGUUACGCGAGGAAACGGGGUUAUGCCAUUAUAUUGCAAGUUACAAAAAUCUCUCUGAAAGCUCUUCAGUGUUGCCAAAAAUAACUGUUUUUGAGCCAGGACACAAACUGGAAUCUACACACACGUUCACACACAUGCACACACUCACAGAAGUGCUUGUUACUGAACAUCAAGAGUGUGAACAUAUUCUCAUGAAAAAGGAAAACAAGGACUAUUGUUUAGACACAGGCAGCGAGAAGCUGCCUCAGUGGAGUUGCCUUUAUUUCUCUCUCUGAAAUGACUCUUCUGUAUAGAACAACCACAGAGGCUGGGAACGAGGGGGAAACGUUAGGACACAACCCAUCAUCAGCGGGGUCGUUUGAAGCCUCUCGGUCAUGGGACCUCUCAUGAAUUGAAACUCUGUAGGGUUUCGUCUCUGAUCCACAGAUGGGGGGUGGAUUAAGGACUGAAACUGCUCUCCGAAUCACUGAUGGAUGUUGUAGGUGGACGUGUUGUGUCACCUGUGUUAUUAUGGCUAGAAGAAUUUUUUUUGCUACCGCUCCAGCCAUUCUUCGAGUCCGACCUCUGUACAUACGAACCACACAAAAUCAAAAGCAAGUCUUACUCUACUCAUCUCCUGUACAUAGAAGAACAAAAGCAACAAAAAUAUCAAAUACUAUGAAAAACAGUUCUUGUACUGCAACAAAAAUCGAAAAUAAAAAUGUUUUGAAGUUUGUGACCUAAA